UCAUUUCACUCAAGUUUAGAGGAUUUGAGCAAAAUUUGUUUGAGAGCUGUCUAGUGAAGAUGUGCAUUGCAUCGAUUAUGCAACAACGUUGCCAGUGACGUCAACAUUUACGGAACAGCUGAUAUCUUCAGAUGAGAUUGGUACCUCUGAGUGGUUUUAAAUGACCAACCGAAGUCCUCUCGGUAGUCCACGACUGACAGGCCGAUUAUGGCGUCAGCAGAGUGUGCCAAAAAGACAGGCCGUCUUUGUCCCUUGUCCGGUGGCGCCACCUUUACACAAGCCAGUCAACGAUGAUGUUACGGACAACAAUGUGAUUAACGACGACGCGAAUAGUCUAAAUGUCCCAAACAAUGGAUAUCCAGGACGGUUGCAAAGUGGCCUCGCAACUGAUUAUCCUGAGCCGUUCACAUCACCAGUACAUCUGUCUGAGAUUAUACGCCAAAGUAGUGAAGAACAAGACAUUGAAGAUGAAGGACUCCUACCUCCGCAGCCUCUACUUGAAAUGACAACCCCUUCCACGCCAUCUCCACCUCCUCGAGUCAGUGGCCCAUCUGGGGCCUCAACACCUCCAUCACCAUCUACACCAAAAACACCAACAACACCAACCUCGUCCCCAAAGUCAAAACAUUGGAAAAUCCUUCCAAAGGAUCUGGCCAAGAAAUCAAACAUUUUUCGUUUCCCGCCCGAGAAAAAGACAUCAGCCGUUUCAAAGAUCAGAACCGAGGAAGCGAGUUUAUCCCCUCCGGUCCCCUGGACUCCCCCUCCUGGGCCCCAGAUGUUGCAAAAGCAGACGUCAGAAGUGAAGACAGAAAGUCCACGUCCAUCGCCGCGUCCGCUAACAGCACCACCACCCCCGCCAUCUUUGAGGCCCAAGAAGGGAGCGACUAUCAACCAAGAAGAUGUUACAGCUGAGCUUCCAGAAUUCCCAUCGACGCCCCCGUCGCGAACCCCAUCCAUUGACGUGACGUCAGAGUUCCCGCCUCCACCGCCUGGAGUUGGCGCAGACGAUGAACCUGCGUCACCAUCUUACAUCAUCCCGAGAAAACCACCGAGGCCGAAUUCGGGAUUCUUGGCGAAAAUAAAAAAAUUCAACGAGGCGAAGAAACCGUCUGAGAUCGCAGCAGAAGAACGUAAACAAAGAAAUAAAUCAGAUUGCAAAAUCGAUGAGAAGUUGAUGAAAUCUGGUGACGGCGGACACAAAAAUGAUGACGAGCGUAUAUCUGUGGCAUUGCACAAUAGUCUGGAAGACCUGCUGUCUCAUAUCAAUGAGGCGUUACCAGGAAUUGACGAACAUCCAACGGGGACGCCCCCAGAGACCAAGACGCCAGCGAACAGUUUGGAAUCGAGCCAAGAAUUCCUGGACCAUGUCGGUUUGUUUCUGGCGACGCCUGGACGAGACAUGACAGCGAUAACCGAGGAGGAUAUGGCGACGAAAUUUGACGACGCAAACGCCGAAAUAUCUGCUGCGUCUUCCGAUGCGAACACGUUUGCAAAACAAGACGCAGAUGAAGGCAAAAAUGAUGUCAACAAACUUGAUGAGGUAUUCGCCAAACUUGAUGAUGUGAAUGCACAAUUUGAUGAGGUUGUACACGAAAAACCAGUUCUCGAUGAGGACUUUGCUGCUUUUCUCGGUCUGGAUGACUUAGACGACUGUCUCAAUCAAAUCAACGAGGCAAUCGCCACGCCAAACUGCAACCAAGCGACAGCAUCAAAUCAGGCGUCUGAAGCUAGUCUACGAACCAAACCGACAGGUGGCGCUGGAUCAGGUGACUCUGACGAUAGUGAAGAUUACGAUUACCCAAUCGGAAAUAAAGCGACAUUUUCUGGGCCGCUACCUCCAGGGAGUAACAGCAGGUCAGAAGACCCAAAGAGCCAGCAGGCGACUCUGUCGGAACAUACGUCUGAUGCCUGUCUACCAACUCUAACAACAGGUGGCGUUGACUCUGAUGAUUCCGAUGACAGUAAGGACUAUGAGUUCCCUGUAGGGAACCAGUGGACUUUUUCUGGAGCGCUACCUUCAGGGAGUUUCAGCGAAACACCAGAUGAUCCUUAUUACGAGAACAGCGCGUUUCUCCGCACUUUGCGAGACAGCAACACGGGAAGAACCGAAACACCCGAUCCUCCACAGUACCAAGAAAGUGACGACGUUGAUUACCUGCCGAUGGAUCAGAAUCUUGAUCCAUCUCCAGAUGAUUACGAGAUGAAUUGUCCGGAUGAGGACCAGGUUGGUCUGUACGACAUCCCACAGCCGGUCCAGCAAUCGCUAAUCUCCGGCGUACCAGAACUGGAAGCAGAAGUGGAAUAUGAGGUUCUGGAUGUUACAGACGACAUCACAAACGCCAAGAAGAAGAAGGAGAAGAAGAAGAAGCAGACGUCUUUAACGUCUGCUUCCAGAACGCACGAGCAGACGAAAACAUCUUCGCCGAAGUUUUCAAAGGAUCGUCCGCCACCUCCGAAUGAUGUGCCGCCGAAACCUCAGGUCAAGAAAACAGGGAAAAAGAAGACUUGGAGUUGGAGGAAGAAAUCGGAGAAACCGGAGAAGGUGGCAAACCGGCCUCCGCUGCCACCCAAGGAUCCGGAUAUGCUCCAGGGGCCGCGGCCGGUACUGGAGGUGGAGGAGGAACAAUACUGUUGUGUUGAUGACAUCAUUUCAAGAGCACAACCAGAAACAGGCGUGAUCGGCGACGACGAUUGGAACAGCGAUGACGACGAAAUAUUUGACGAUUUUGAAGAUUGGGACUAAAGUGUGUUACGCACCCAGUCGAGAGUCUUCACAGACAUCAUUCUCUGCAGGUGGCAGCGCAGUCCACAGAGGCCUGUACGAAGAUGGUAGUUGAUGGUGCUUACCUUCAACUUAAGGUGGCGCUAACAAUUCUGAGCUUGGCACGAAAAUCCUCCAUCGGAUUCCACAACUUACAAUUGGGACGGAUAAUCAUUCUAAAAAUAACAAAAGGAGAUUAAUCUAAUGCAAUUUCUUCGUUUAUUGUGUACAAUCUUCUAGACAUAAACUCUGCCUGACAUGCAAAGCCAGCGAGGUUACUUCCACAUUCGACCAACAGGUGGCAGCUCUACACAAUUAAGGUUUUCAACAGCCAAUGUGAAACUACAGUCAUAACAGAACAAUGCCUCAGAUACAGUAGAACCUCCCUAUUAAGGACACCAUCGGGACCGACAACUGCUGUCCUUUAUAGAGAGGUGUCCUGAUUAGAGAGGUCAAACUGAAAGGAAACAACCAAUUAGGGACCAAAAUUAGUGUCCUUAAUAGAGAGGUUGUACUUAAUAGAGAGGUGUCUGCUAAGGGAGGUUUCACUGUAGUUGUGACAUACAUGUACAUGUACAGUUUGUGAAGUGCAUAAUUAUUACAGACUGCCAUUCCGUAGGCCACCAAAUCCUCGUGCAUGAUUUAUUUUUCGCAAAUUUUGCAAAUGAUCUGCAUUGUAGCAUCGUGAAACUAAAAAUUGCAAAAGACGUUUUUUUGAUUGGAAAACUAGAAGAGAUUACAUUAUGUUUUAAUCAACCCAGAUUAAACUUUGAAAUUUUUGGUGUGAAUUGCCAAAAUAAAUCCACGCAAAUACUUGGUGUUUUA